AUGACCAUAAUAGUAUUUUUAAUAGACACUUCAGCUUCAAUGAAUCAGAGAGCGUAUUUAGGCGGACGACCAACUUUAUUAGAUGUUGCAAAAGGUGCAGUUGAAACCUUCGUUAAGGUUCGUCAAAGGUCACCUGAAAGCAGAGUUGAUAGAUAUAUGCUUUUAACAUUUGAAGAUCCUCCUCAUAAUAUAAAAGCGGGAUGGAAAGAAAACUUGGCCACAUUUAUGAAUGAAUUAAAAAAUUUAGAAUGCACUGGUUUAACAACUAUGGGCUCUGCACUUAAACAUGCAUUCGAUGUUUUAAACAUUAAUCGUAUGCAAACAGGUAUCGAUACUUACGGUCAGGGAAGGUGUCCUUUUUUUCUCGAGCCAAGCGUGAUUGUCGUAAUAACCGAUGGAGGAAAAUUAUCAAAUUCAUCUGGAGUUCCUGAAGAGUUUAUUUUACCCAUGAAUUCUCCUAUCCCUGGUUCGGAGCUUACGAGAGAACCAUUUAGGUGGGAUCAAAGAUUGUUCUCCCUUGUUCUCCGUCUCUCUGGUACUCCUCCUGUUGAAAGAGAUAUUGGACUUGUACCCAGCGAUAUAAGUCCUAUAGAUGCAAUGUGUGAAGUUACUGGAGGACGAUCAUAUUCCAUUACUUCACAUAGAAUGUUAAUGCAAUGUAUUGAUUCAUUAGUACAAAAAGUUCAAAGUGGAGUUGUUAUUAAUUUUGAAAAAAUUGGACCUGAUCCAUCUCCUGUCGAUGGAAAAGAUGAAAAUGGGGAACAGUCGGAAGCACAGGAUGAUAAGGCAGAAGAUACGGUUAAAAACAAUACAGUAUGGCAAAGUUGUAGGAAAUUAAUUUACGUCCCACGUUCAGCUCAAAAAGGUUUUGCUGUCGGAUACUGGCCUAUUCCUGAAAGUUUUUGGCCAGAUCUAAGUGCUAGCUCUUUGCCUCCAAGAACGGCUCAUCCUAAUUUAAAGUUUACUUGCACAUCUCAAGAACCCAUGGUUAUUGAAAAUUUACCUUUUGAUAAAUACGAAUUAGAACCGAGUCCUCUAACGCAAUACAUAUUGGCUAGAAAACAACCGACGGUUUGCUGGCAGGUUUUCGUGACGAACUCGUAUAAGAAUUCGGAAGCGGGUCAUCCGUUCGGAUACCUGAAAGCUUCGACGAAUUUAACAUGCGUUAAUUUAUUCGUUAUGCCUUAUAAUUAUCCCGUUUUAUUGCAAUUAUUGGACGAAUUGUUUCGAACUCAUCGCCUUAAGCCGACAAACGAAUGGAGAAUACAACUUUCGAAUUAUCUUAAAAUGAUGCCAAGUUAUUAUGUUGGACCCUUGAGAAGAGCCUUAACUAAAAUGGGAGUUCCUGCCAGUCUUGCUCAAACCCUAAUUCCAGAAACCACUGAAUCUAGUAUUAGUUAUAGCGUAAUGCAAUAUUUAAAAAAAUUAAAAAUCCAAGCUAAAAAUGAUUUCGAAAGACUGUGUGACGAAGUUAACAAUAAACAAAAUAAUAAGAAUAUUCCAGAAGGAAUACGAGUUAUUCCUAGGAUGCCGUUGAAAAAAUCACUCGUGUCUCAUCCUCUUUUGCAGGAUAAAUUUACUUCUCUCAAAGAGCAGCUCAAUGAAUUCGAUAGAUUCGUCGUCGGCAUUCCUAAAAUCGGAGAAGAAAAAGUCGGUUCUGGGGGUUUUCGAAACGCGUUCGACAUUCCCAGACGAAAUUUAUUAAAUCACGUGUUGAAAAUGAGAAAAAAUUUCCUUCACACGUCUCUGUCACGUAUCAAACUCAUGGACGAAGAUUUCCGCCACAGUAUGCCUUUGUCGCAAAUGGGCAAUUAUCAGGAACAUUUGAAACGACUUCCUCCACCAUUGAAAGAAAUCGAAACUCCUCCGGUUAGACAACACAUGUUUGGUAAUCCAUUUAAAAUAGAUAAGAGAAUGAUGGUUGACGAAGCUGACGUGGAUGUUGUCGGAAUGUUGAGCAGAGGUACAAAACGACCCUUGUCCGAUCCUGGCUCUCCGAAGCCCAACAAUCGUCGAAAACCAGGUCCAUUGCCAAAAGAUUACACGGCGACGAGAGGUAGUUUAAUUUCGAGAUCGCCCUCUCCCGCCCCUAUAAGCACAAUAACGAAACCGGAAACGUUUGAUAAGCUUACGGAAAAUGACAAACCCCCGGAAAUCGUCACGGAUAAAAAUAGGGGGUUCGCAAAAGUUAUUUUAGGGAACGCGCAAAAAAAUCCCGGGAUGGGAGUCCUAAAAAAUUCAAGCUUUAAAAAUAACGUAGGAGGAAAUAAUAAUGUCGUCGUGGGUAAUUGCAAACCCGAAACGGACGGAGAGGAAACGGAUAUGGAAGUUGAAGUUAACGGAAUCAGAGUUUUCCGUUUGUUUCUUAUUUCUUUUAGAAUUAAUUUUCGUCAACCGGUGUUAUUUAUUUUUUCAGAAGUUGCUAAUUCCUAUAAUUCCAGAUCCAGAAGUCCAAGUCCUCCCGUCCUUACCAUAGAAAACCUACAACCUUACGAACCUUGCAAUGAAAACAUGGACACGUACCAACUUCUUCCCCCGACGAUAACGCUGCAAAACGACGUCGAAAGGGAAAGGGAAAAACGUAGGAGGAGGAGGAGGAGGAGUGGCGGCGGCGACGGCACGGCGGCGGCGGCGGCGGAUCCUCAAGAAAUAAGAGCCCAUAAUUUAAAAAUAAAAAAAUUAGCCUUUAAAUACGUUAGAAAACCUGGGAAAAAUUAUUCGGCACUUUUUUCCUGUUUGAAAAACAUAAAAGGAGGAGGUAAAACGAAAUUGAAUUUAAUCAAAAUAGUCGUUAAAGAAUGUUUGAGAUUCAAAAGGAAAAAUUUAGCGAAUUUAGUCGAAUUGUUGAUAACGCAAAACGACCAUUGA